CUCAACGGGGCCGCCCGGGGCAGCCGCGCGGCCUCCCCCAUGGGCCGCGUCAUCCUCAUCAACUCCCCCAUCGAAGCCAGCAGCAAUGAGAGCAAUGUCAUCAAUGCCAUCACGGUGGAGAAGAGCAUGGACGGCAAACUGGGCUUCAGCGUCCGCGGUGGCUCCGAGCACGGGCUCGGCAUCUUCGUGAGCAAAGUGGAGGAGGGCAGCGCUGCCGAGCAGGCUGGGCUGUGCGUGGGUGACAAGAUCACGGAGGUGAACAGCGUGAGCCUGGAGAACAUCACCAUGAGCAGCGCCGUCAAGGUCCUCACCGGGAACAACCGCCUCCGCAUGGUGGUCCGGCGGAUGGGCCGCGUGCCGGGCAUCAAGUUCUCCAAGGAGAAGACAGCCUGGGUGGACGUGGUGAACAGGCGCCUGGUGGUGGAGAAGAGCGGCUCAACGCCGUCGGAGAGUGGCUCCGAGGACGGCCUGCGGCGCAUCGUCCACCUCUACACCACCUCCGACGACUACUGCCUGGGCUUCAACAUCCGCGGCGGCAGGGAGUUCGGCCUCGGCAUCUACGUCUCCAGGGUGGACCCUGGGGGGCUGGCAGAGCAGAACGGCAUUCAGGUAGGAGACCAAGUCCUUGCAGCCAACGGAGUCAAGUUCGAAGACAUAAGCCAUAGCAAGGCAGUGGAGGUGCUGAAGGGGCAGACUCACAUCAUGCUAACCAUCAAGUGACCAACGGGCAACUGCAGCAGCUGUCGCAGGCCUCGGAGACCAGCUCCUCCAUCUCCUCGUACUCGUCGGGGCCGGCGCCGGGGACAGUGAACGGGCUGGGCACGGCGGCCCCGGGGCCCCCGGCCCGCACCGUGGA